AUGUUUGGCCCAUUCAAAUUAACAAGCUCUGUCGCUGGUGGUUUACUAUGGAAAAUUCCAUGGAGAAUGUCUACCCAUCAAAAAGGCCGUCAAAGAGAGAGGUUAAAAAAUGUUGACCAGGUAAUAAAACAGUUAACAUUAGGUCUCCAUGUUCAGAGAUGUCAGGAGAAGGGUCUCACUUACCAAGAAGCUCUAGAGAAGAGAAAAAAAUACAAGCCAAGAAGUAAGUCGUUAAGAUUGUUGAACAAGCCAUCUGUUUUUCCCAAAGAAAACCAAAUGUCUUCUAAAGAUAAAUACUGGACUUUCGAUAAAAAGGCUAUCGGUUAUAGGAAGGGCCUCCAUAAGGUGCCUAAAUGGACAAAGAUUUCCAUUAGGAAAACCCCGCAAUUCUUUUGA